AUGAGCAACACCGAUGACAAGAACAAUGACGAAGCAGGAAAUGGGCCCACAACUCCCCCUCAUCCACUCAUCUGCUUUGAGUCAAAUCAUCCCCCUCGCCUCCUCCCUUCCCCCUCCCUCGAAUCCACAACCGUCACCCUGAUCCAUCGCGCCUUCUCCAACAGCUACUACAACGCCUCCCUCCUCGACUACUCGCCCUCCCUCCUGCCCAAGGGCUUCGCAGACCCGCAACGCUGGGUGAGCCUCACACUUACGCAACGCGGUUCCUCGAGGGGACGCCAGUUCGACCGAUUAGGCUCCGUCUGGCUGGCAGGGGUAGAGGUAUGGAGGACGGACAAUCCUGAGCCUACGGUAGGUGGGGUGGUAUGGACGACAAGGCGGGAGGUGGAUCGCUACUACGAUUUGUUCAAGGGGGAGGGUAGGCUAGUCUUCGAUUAUCCGAAUAUAGUCAACGACGUGUACACGGGCGUAUUGGACAUCACCUUGGAGCUAGAGGUCACCCAGCUCAAGCGCGAGUUCACUGCCACGUCCUCCUCCGCCACCAUGCCCCCCUCUCAUCGGCCACUGAGUGGUCGUUCUCCGCGCCUUCUCCCUCUAUCCAAGCGCAACGACACGGGGGACAGCAAGUGGGCCUACCCCUCCGAGCGGGCCAUCACCCGUCACAUCUCCCUGCCACGCACAACACAGUGGGCUCUGGUCGAGGUCUACGCAAGCGGGACGGCGGGCGAUGAGUUUUGGUAUACGGGUGCGCCAGAUAGCGUGGUGGACAAAGCGCCGAAGGAGGCCGGCUUGACGCCUAGAGGGCCGUAUAGGGAGGUGCAGGUGAAAGUGGACGGGAUUUUGGCGGGCAUUGCGAGCCCCUAUGCUGUCAUUUUCACGGGGGGAAUCAGCCCGCUGAUGUGGCGACCGCAAGUGUACGUCGAUGCUUCACUUCCUCCUAACCUGGCUGGAGAGCAAGCGCUGAUCCCUCCUUUCCUUUGGCCCUCGACCCCUCCACCCGUGGCCGUCCCCGGCCAACGCAGAGCAUACGGCGCGUAUCGCCAGCCUACCUACCUAUUCGACGUCUCCCCGUUCCUCGGCAUCUUGGCCGACGGAGCAGAACAUGAGGUGGAGCUAAGCAUCCUCUCGGCGGAAAAGAACGGGAGCAUACCGGAGAGCUGGUUCCUAUCAGGCAAUAUCCAGUACGCGACGAGCGAGAGGAAGGAGGAGAGGGAGGAGACGUGGCAGGCCAAGCUGGGGAACCCGGAGGUGAGGGAGACCCACCCGAGGGAGGGAUUGGUGAGUACGGGCAAGGUGAAGGAAGGGGGAGACGAGAUUGAGGCGAGCGUGAGGGGAAAGAGGAGUCUCAGCGUUGUGGCCAGGGGGAGAGAUGAGGCAGGGGCACAGCGUAGCAUUGAGGUGGAAUAUUCCUUCGACUUCUCAAACACGCAACAUUACACCAAUGGGGGAAACACGUCGGUCAUAACGCAGCUUUCCACGGGCUCUUCCUCCUCCCACCACUCUUCCCUUCCUUUCCUCGACAUCAGCUACUCCCUCCCCCUCACGGUCCGCCAGUCCUUCUCCCCCAGCUCAGGCCAGCUGAACACCACCGUGGCCCACUCGUACGACCAAACGCUCAAGGCGAGCGAUUCGCUGCUCAAGAGCUGGCCUGAGCAUGCGGGUCAGCAGAGUGUGAAGACAACGCAGCACUCCGAGGCUGAGGCGACCAUUGUGGAGAAUAAGGUCACGGCGGGCGUGGGGAGCGGGGAGCAGAGCUACGAGUACACAGAUUCGGCCAAUAACACCUUUCGUGAGCACACGGCCGUUUAUAACGGAAGUGUGACGACGGCGCAAAGGCAAGGCAACCUGGCCUCGCUGGCUGAUCCUAUCCAGGCAUGA